CACAGCACUGUAUACUAAAUAGAACACAACGGUAAUCAAGAUGAUGAAGACUAAUUUGAUCUUGAUGUGUGAAAGUUGCAAAAUGUUUAUGCAGGUAUUAAAAUGCCAGUCAAAUAAACAAAGAUAUUCCUAUGCUUAUUUUCAUUAAACAGCAUUUUGUUAAACAUGUGAUGUAAACUUAAUAUCACUGUGAAUCUGUUGUCUUUGUAUGGCCUUCACUGGCCAUCUGUCCAUUCUCAAGGAAGCUAAUAAUUAAUUUGUGGAUUAAUAAUAAUAAUAAAACAACACUACCAGUAUAAGAGUAGAGGUUCUAGGCAGAGUUUUCAGCUGAUCAUCCAGCAGUUACUCCAAUCAUGAAGUGCAUCAUUUUACUGGCUCUCUUUGCUGUGACAUUCACUGCCCCUGCUGAUGAUGAUGAUAAGAUCGUCGGAGGGGACGAGUGCCCAGCACACUCAUUGCCCUACAUAGUGUCUCUGAAUGUUGGGUAUCACAUUUGCGGAGGCUCUCUGAUUACCAGAUGGUGGGUCCUGUCUGCUGCCCAUUGCUACCAGUCCUCUUUCGAGGUGCGUCUGGGUGAGCACAACAUUUAUGUCAACGAGGGCACUGAGCAGUUCAUCACUUCAUCCGUGGUCAUUCCGCACCCUGAUUACAAUGAUGCUACCUACGACAACGACAUCAUGCUUAUCAAGCUGAGCUCAGCUGCCAACCUGAAUGAAUAUGUGAGCACUGUGCCUUUGCCCUCACCCUGCAACUUCCCCUCUGAUGGUACCUAUUGUCUGGUCGCCGGAUGGGGAAACACUCUCAGCAGUGGCACAAACUACCCUUCCACGCUGAGAUGCCUUGACGUUCCUAUCCUGAGUGACAGCACUUGCACAAGCUGUUACCCUGGUGAGAUCUCCUCCAACAUGUUCUGUGCUGGAUUCCUAGCGGGAGGCAAAGACUCUUGCCAGGGUGAUUCUGGCGGCCCCCUCGUGUGCGAUGGUGUGCAGCAGGGUAUUGUGUCCUGGGGUGAUGGCUGUGCCCUAGUGAAUAAGCCUGGUGUCUACACCAAAGUCUGCGAGUACAUUUAUUGGAUCAAUGACAUCAUUGAGAGCAAUUAGAUCUGUCAGAUGUUGCAUUUUUUUUGUGCCAUCACUCAGUACUUUCCAAAAUAUCUGGAAAAGAUUAAAAAUCAUUAGCAAAAAAAGAAAGAAAUGCGUGUGA